AUGAUUGAUCAACCAGUCUGUCCACCGAUAACAACUCUCAUCUCACUUGAUAGUAUUGAUGGAGCUGUCUACGGUAUACAUGGUACAAAGAUAAAUCAGGAUAGUCAAGCAUCACAACCUGGCCUCUUAUCUGGUCAUUAUCCUACAGACCAUUCACCAGCCAAUGCAUGCGAUGGUGCUACUUCUACAAAGUAUUUAAACUUUGGAAGGUGUCCAGAGUAUAUAGAUGAUAUCACAUGUGGUUUGGAUACUGGUUUUUACCUGGAGUUGAAGCGAGGUGCAUCAUUAGUUACAGGAUUACAAAUCUGCACAGCCAAUGAUUUUCCAGAACGCGAUCCACUUACAGUAUCAAUGGAAGGAAGUAAUCAGUCUGGGGCAUCUCUCAAUCUCGGAUCGAGCUGGACUCUGAUUUACAAUGGGCCUAGUGGUCUUCAAACAAAUCCUGGUAGACUCACCUGUGGCAUUAUGCAAUUGAUGAACAAUUCGAUUCAGUACAAAAGUUAUCGGUUUCUUGUUUCGAGCAAGCGGGGCUACGGGAAUAGUGUUCAGUAUUCUGAAGUAAAGUUAUUUGGAUACUGA